UCCAAGCCCUGGGUUAACCAGAAAGGAGCAGGCGGGUCUGAACCCCUCAGGUCCUCCAGCCAUGAGGCUCCUCUGGGGGCUGAUCUGGGCAUCUGGCUUCUUCGCCUUGUCUCUGCAGAAGCCCAGGUUGCUCCUGUUUGCUCCUUCUGUGGUUCGCAUAGGGGUCCCCCUGUCUGUGGCCGUGAAACUCCAGGAUGCUCCUUCAGGGCAGGUGGUGAGAGGAUCCGUGUUCCUGAGGAACCCAUCCCACGUUAAAGAGCUCUGCUCCCCGAAGGUGGAUUUCAGCCUCAGCUCAGGCAGAGACUUCAUACUCCUCAACCUCCCGAUUCCCCAGGAGCAGGCCAGGCUCUGUCGCCUCCAUCUCCUCCGCGGAGCCCCCGAGGUGCAGCUCAUGGUGCAGUCGCCGUGGCUCAGGGACUCUCUGUCCAAACAGACAGACACGCAGGGUGUCAACCUGCUGUUCUCCUCUCGCCGGGGGCACCUCUUUCUGCAGACAGACCAGCCCGUUUAUAACCCUGGCCAGCGGGUUCGCUACCGAGUCUUUGCUCUGGAUCAAAAGAUGCGCCCGGCCAGUGACAUCCUCACGGUCACGGUGGAGAACUCUCAAGGCUUCCGUGUGCAAAAAAGAGAAGUGUUUGCUCCCUCCUCCAUCUUCCAGGACAACUUUUUGAUCCCAGACAUCUCAGAGCCAGGAACAUGGAAAAUCUCAGCCCGAUUCUCAGACAGCCUGGAUUCCAAUAGCAGCACCCAGUUUGAGGUGAAGAAAUAUGUUCUUCCCAACUUUGAGGUGAAGAUCAUUCCUGAAAACCCCUACAUCCUGACAACGCCUGGCUUUCUUAGUGACAUCCAAGUGAUCAUCCAGGCCAGGUACAUCUACGGGAAGCCAGUGCAGGGGGUGGCAUACGUGCGCUUUGGGCUUCUGGGUGAGGACGGUGAAAAGACUUUCCUGCGGGGCCUGGAGAGUCAGACCAAGCUGGUGGAUGGCCAGUGCCAAAUUUCCCUGCAAAAGGCCGAGUUUCAGGGCGUGCUGGAGAAGCUUAAUAUUAGCAUUAAUGACCUCCCAGGGCUGCGCCUGUAUGUUGCAGCAGCCGUUAUUGAGUCUCCAGGAGGAGAGAUGGAGGAGGCAGAGCUCACGUCCUGGCGUUUUGUGUCAUCUCCCUUCUCCCUGGAUCUAAGCAAAACCAAGCAGCAGCUUAUCCCUGGGGUCCCCUUCCUGCUGCAGGCCCUGGUGCGUGACAUGUCAGGCACCCCAGCCUCUGGCAUUCCCGUCAAAGUGUCUGCCAAGUUGUUUUCUGGAUCGACUUCUAAAAACCAGGACUUUGAACGGAACACAGAUGGGAGCGGCCAAGUCAUCGUCUCCCUUGGUGUUCCUCGGACCAUCUCAGAAGUGCAGCUCUCGGUGUCUGCAGGCUCCCCCCACCCUGCUGUAGGCAGUCUCACUGUGAAAGCGCCCCUGUCCAGAAGCUCUGGGUUUCUGUCCAUUGAGUGGCAGAAUCCUCGACCUCUUAAAGUCGGAGAGACCCUUAACCUAAACCUGCAAGCCGUCGGCAUCAGCGGGAGCUUCUCCUACUUCUAUUACAUGAUCCUGUCCCGGGGCCAGAUCGUGUCUGUGCAUCGAGAGCCCAAGACCCACCUGACCUCCAUCUCCGUGUUUGUGGACCAUCGCCUGGUGCCCUCCUUCCACCUCGUGGCCUUCUACUAUCACGGGGGCGUCCCGGUGGCCAACUCCCUGAGAGUGGACGUCCAGGCUGGAGGCUGUGAGGGGAAGAUGGAGCUGAACGUGGACAGUUCCAAGGCGUAUCGUCCUGGGGACGCUGUGAAACUCAACCUGCAAACAGGGUCUCGAGCCCUGGUGGCCCUGGGAGCUGUGGACACGGCUCUGUAUGCUGUGGGUGGCAAGUCCCACAAACCCCUCGACAUGGUCAAGGUCUUCGAAGCUAUGAACAGCUAUGACCUUGGCUGUGGUCCCGGCGGUGGAGACACUGCCCCUCAAGUGUUCAAGGCAGCUGGUCUGGCCUUUUCUGAUGGAGACCAUCGGACUGAAAUCAGAAAGAGUCUGAGCUGUCCCAAGGAGUCAAAGUCUCGGAAAAAGAGAAACGUGAACUUCCAAAAGGCGAUUCAUGAGAAGCUGGGCCAGUACACCUCCCCCGUAGCCAAGCGCUGCUGCCAGGACGGGCUGACGCGGCUGCCCAUGGUGCGCACCUGUGAGCAGCGGGCGGCCCGGGUGCAGCAGCCGGCCUGCCGAGAGCCCUUCCUGUCCUGCUGCCAGUUUGCUGAAAACCUGCGCAAGAAGGCCCGGACCAGGGGCCAGGUGGGCCUGGCCCGAGCCUUGGAGCUCCUGAAGGAGGAGGACCUGAUUGAAGAGGAUGACAUCCCCGUGCGCAGCUUCUUCCCCGAGAACUGGCUUUGGAGAGUGGAAGAAGUGGACCGCUUCUCCCAAUUACAACUGCUGCUCCCGGACUCUCUGACCACGUGGGAGAUCCACGGCGUGAGCCUGUCCAAAAGCACAGGCUUGUGUGUGGACCCAGCCCGACUCCGAGUGUUCCGUGAAUUCCACAUGCACCUCCGCCUGCCGGUCUCUGUCCGCCGCUUUGAGCAGCUCGAGCUGCGGCCUGUCCUCUACAACUACCUGGAUAGAGAUCUGACUGUGAGCGUCCGUGUGUCCCCAGUGGAGGGUCUGUGCCUGGCCGGGGGUGGAGGGCUCGCCCAGCAGGUGCAGGUGCCCGCGGGCUCUGCCCGGCCCGUUGGCUUCUCUGUGGUGCCCAUCGCAGCUGCUGCCGUGUCCCUCAAGGUGGUGGCUCGAGGAUCCUUAGAUUUCCCUGUGGGGGACGCAAUAUCUAAGAUUCUACAAGUCGAGAGAGAAGGGGCCCUUCACAGCGAGGAGAUAGUCUAUGAUCUCAACCCCCUGGACCCCCGAGGCCGGACCUUGGAAAUUCCUGGCAACUCUGAUCCCAAUAUUAUCCCUGAAGGAGAUUUCAAGAGUUUCGUCAGAGUCACAGCCUCGGAUCCACUGGAAGCAUUGGGCUCUGAGGGGGCCUUGUCCCCAGGAGGCCUGGCCUCCCUCCUGAGGCUUCCCCAAGGCUGCGGGGAACAAACCAUGACCCUCUUGGCUCCAACACUGGCUGCUUCCCGCUACCUGGACAAGACCGAGCAGUGGAGCCUGCUGCCCCCUGAGACCAAGGACCGUGCCGUGGAUCUCAUCCAGAAAGGCUACACGCGGAUCCAGGAAUUUCGAAAAAGAGAUGGUUCCUAUGGGGCUUGGUUACAUCGGGAUAGUAGCACCUGGCUCACGGCCUUUGUGCUGAAGAUACUGAGUUUGGCCCAGGAUCAGGUGGGUGGCUCACCUGAAAAGCUGCAGGAGACGGCCAUGUGGCUGCUUUCCCAGCAACGGGAUGAUGGCUCAUUCCAUGAUCCUUUUCCAGUAAUGGAUAGGAGUAUGCAGGGAGGCUUAGUGGAAGCGAUGCAGACUAGGAUGCGCUCACAGCCUUCGUGUUCCAUCCGCCCUUCCCACCACGGGCCUGGUGGUCUUCCCAGACAAGACUUCAAGAGCAGUUGA